AUGACGGUCAAAAGUAGUCCCGCCUCGGCGCCUGCUGCCGCUGCCGCAGGUCUCAUCAGCAACUCCAACGCGUCCAUCCUGGCGUACUGCGUGGCCUCGAUCAGCAUGACCGCCGUCAACAAGUACAUCUUUUCCGGCGGAUCAUGGAAUCUCACCUUUUUCUGCCUCACCGUUCAAUCGGUCGUGUGUCUAGCCGCCGUCGUCCUCGGCAAGCACUUGGGCAUGCAUGAGCCGGCACGUGCUGACCAGGCGCCGCACGCAGGGUUUCCGCUGUCCAUCCUGCUCGUCGGCAUGAUUUACUCGGGCGCCAAGUCGCUGCAGUAUCUCAGCGUGCCCGUCUACACCAUCUUCAAGAACCUGACCAUUGUCGUCAUCGCCUAUGGCGAAAACGUCUUCUUCGGCACCAGCGUCUCGCGCCUCAUCCUGAGCUCCUUUGGCCUGAUGGUGCUCAGCUCCGUCAUCGCCGCCUGGGCCGAUAUCCAGGCCGCCCUGGGCGGCUUGCACUCGGUCGAUGCCGCCGCCGCCACCGCCCAGCUCACGGCAGGCUACAUCUGGAUGGCCAUCAACGUCUUCUGCACCUCGGCCUUUCUCAUCGGCUCGCGCAAGGUCAUGAAGGCGUACAACUUUAGCGACGUCGACACCAUGUUCUACAACAACCUGCUUUCCAUCCCGGUGCUCAUUCUGGCCUCCGUCUUUCUCGAGGACUGGUCGCGUGAAAACGUGGCCAGAAACUUCCCGCCAGAGACGCGCACCGUGCUCAUCAUCAGCAUGCUGUACUCUGGGCUCGGUACCAUCUUCAUCUCCUACACCACGGCAUGGUGCAUUCGCGUCACCUCCUCGACCACCUACUCCAUGGUCGGCGCCCUCAACAAGCUGCCCCUGGCCGUCACCGGCUUCCUCUUUUUCGGCGCCCCCGUCACCCUCGGCAGCGUCUCGGCGGUUUUGAUCGCCUUUGUCAGCGGCAUCGUCUAUGCCUGGGCAAAGGUGGUGCAGAGUGAAAAGGCCAAGUUGACCCUCCCGACGGCCAACAGUGCCACCGAGAAGGACAUGAAAGUGUAA